CUCGUUGUGCGCAUGUCCAAUAUUUCCCAUGUUUCAUAAUUAUUCAGGAUUUACAGUUUCGUUACUGAUUACAAAGUGCCAAAUAAAAUCAUUUUAAAAGUGUGUUAAAAUGUACAAAACGUUUCAAUUACAACAGAAUUGUUUAGUUAUGACGUAUUAUAAUAGUUUGAGAAUGGUUUUCUGAAAAGUUUAAGAUUAUAAGCAUCUUAUUUGUCAUUAUGAAAAACAAAUGAAAAAGUAUAAAACACUCCAUUUUACAAAAAAUAACAGUUUUAUUAUUCAUUGAGGUCAAUUGCUUAAAAAUAGGCUUGUCAUAUAUAUAUAUAUAUAUAUGAAAUCUAGAAAUGGAGCGCAAAGUGUUAUCUUUGCUCUGCCUCUUUUUUAUUAACGUCUCUGCACAACGGCCAGGGGGAGAUUAUCCAUCGUUUUUCAACAUUGGAGGAGUAUUAAGCAACAAUGACAGCGAAACCCAUUUCUCGUUGGUUAUUGCCCAUCUGAACUUCGAUCAAACAUAUGUACCAAGAGGCGUCACAUAUUACGAUAAAACGAUUAGAAUCGAUAAGAACCCAAUAAAAACUGCUUUGGACGUAUGCAAACAUUUAAUUUCACGAAGGGUAUACGCUGUUGUAGUAUCACAUGAACCAACCGGGGAUCUUUCGCCUGCUGCCGUUAGUUAUACUAAUGGGUUUUAUCAAAUACCAAUCAUUGGAAUUUCAUCUCGGGAUGCAGCAUUUUCGGAUAAAAACAUACACGUUUCAUUUUUGCGAACAGUGCCGCCUUUCUACCAUCAAGCUGAUGUGUGGCUUGAAAUGUUAAGCCAUUUCGGAUAUACGAAGGUGAUCGUUAUUCAUAGCUCCGACACAGAUGGAAGGGCAAUACUUGGACGAUUUCAGACCACAUCACAAACUAACUAUGAUGACAUAGACGUUCGUGCUACUGUCGAGAGCAUAAUAGAAUUCGAACCCAAGCUUGAAACGUUUACAGAAAAUUUGAUGGAGAUGAAAACAGCGCAAUCAAGAGUGUAUUUGCUGUAUGCCAGUACUGAGGAUUCAUAUGUUAUCUUUCGUGAUGCAGCGCAGAACAAUAUGACGGAAACCGGACAUAUUUGGAUUGUCACAGAACAGGCACUUCAAGCAAAUAAUACACCGAUUGGUGUACUUGGACUAAAACUAAACAACUCAAAUAGUGAAAAUGAACAUAUAAAGGACGCAAUAUAUGUCUUAGCAUCAGCGAUUAAGGAAAUGAUAACCCAUAACGAGACCAUUACUGAAGCACCUAAAGAUUGUGAUGAUACAGGUGCCGUUUGGGAAUCCGGGAAAAAGAUGUUCAACUACUUAAAAACAAGACACAUAAAAGGAGAAACGGGACAUGUGGCAUUCGAUAGCAAUGGAGAUAGAAUAUAUGCUGCAUAUGAAGUUAUUAACGUUCAGCAACCAAUGUUAUCGUCUACGCGGAAGAAUGUUAAGGUUGGAAGUUUCUUCUAUGAUGAAGAGAAAGGCCGAAUGAGGCUGAAAAUAAAUGAUACUAUGCUGGUUUGGCCUGGAAACACCGAAAAAAAGCCGGAAGGAAUAAUGAUUCCUACUCAUUUGAAAGUUCUUACCAUUGAAGAGAAACCAUUUGUGUAUGUACGAAAAUUACUAGAUGACGAAAUUGAUUGUGAAGAUGAUGAAAUAGCAUGUCCCCAUUUUAAUUCUACUGAUGGAAACGAAAAAGACUAUUGCUGCAAGGGAUACUGCAUAGAUUUGUUGAAAGCAUUAGCGCAAAGGAUAAACUUUACUUACGAUUUAGCCCUAUCGCCUGAUGGGCAAUUUGGUCACUAUCAACUUAAAAAUCAUACUACGGGCAUCGGCACAAGUGUCAAAAAGGAAUGGAACGGGCUUAUUGGUGAGCUCGUCGCCGAGAGAGCAGAUCUUAUAGUUGCUCCGUUGACUAUCAAUCCGGAAAGAGCGGAGUUUAUUGAAUUUUCAAAACCAUUCAAAUACCAGGGCAUUACUAUAUUGGAAAAGAAGCCGUCAAGAUCAAGCACACUGGUAUCAUUUUUGCAACCAUUCAGUAAUACUCUGUGGAUAUUAGUAAUGGUGUCGGUACACGUCGUAGCACUGGUUCUCUACCUUUUGGAUAGAUUUUCACCUUUUGGACGAUUCAAACUGACUACCAAUGAUGGAACGGAAGAAGAUGCGCUAAAUCUGAGUUCUGCGAUUUGGUUUGCUUGGGGAGUCUUGCUGAAUAGCGGAAUUGGCGAAGGAACUCCACGAAGCUUUUCAGCGCGAGUACUAGGUAUGGUAUGGGCUGGAUUUGCUAUGAUAAUUGUGGCAUCUUAUACUGCUAAUCUGGCUGCUUUUCUUGUGUUGGAGCGACCGAAAACAAAAUUAUCUGGCAUAAAUGAUGCACGCCUUCGUAAUACGAUGGAAAAUUUAACUUGUGCGACCGUUAAGGGAUCUGCUGUGGACAUGUAUUUUCGAAGACAAGUUGAACUAUCUAACAUGUACCGUACAAUGGAAGCAAACAAUUAUGACACCGCUGAACAAGCAAUUCAAGACGUUAAAGACGGGAAGCUUAUGGCGUUUAUUUGGGAUUCAUCUCGUUUAGAAUACGAAGCUGCCAAAGAUUGUGAACUGGUAACUGCUGGCGAGUUGUUUGGACGAAGUGGUUAUGGUAUUGGUUUACAAAAGGGUUCGCCAUGGACGGAUGCUGUUACGUUAGCAAUAUUGGAUUUUCAUGAAAGCGGAUUUAUGGAAUCACUUGAUAAAGAAUGGAUUUUCCACGGAAAUAUUCAACAGUGUGAGCAAUUCGAAAAAACACCAAACACAUUGGGUUUGAAAAAUAUGGCGGGUGUAUUUAUUCUGGUCGGCGCAGGCAUUGUUGGUGGUAUAGGGUUGAUUAUAAUCGAAGUUAUUUAUAAAAAGCAUCAAAUAAAGAAACAAAAGAAACUGGAAAUAGCUCGCCAUGCAGCCGACAAGUGGAGAGGAACUAUUGAGAAACGAAAAACCUUGAGAGCAUCUCUAGCAAUGCAACGACAGUACAAUGUAGGAUUAAAUUCGGUUUCCAAAUCCAUCAGUCAGGCAGUAGACAAAAAUCGAAAUCCAAAACUCAAUCCCUUAUCGAGAGCUCCAGAAAGAGCAUGGCCUGGAGAUCACGAAAUUGCGCGCAAUCGUAGAAAUAAUGAUCAAACAUACAAACCACCUCCUAGAUACAUGCCCACAUAUGCUACAGAUGUAUCACAUUUAGUGGUAUAAAUAAAAUAAUUAACGAAUACUAUAUUACUAAACAUAUUAAUGUAUUUUACCUCCUUAAAUAUAUAAAUGUUAAUACUGUGUUUAGAUUCACAUAA